AGGGGCACCCCCGGAAGUGCAGCCCCAGGCCCAGGCAAGGGGGCGGGCCUCCCGGGAAGCCUUUCUCCGCUGCACAUUUCCUGUUUCCUAGCAACAAAAGGAAGUGUUUGGGGGUGCCCGAGCCUGGCCGAGGGGGCAGCAGGGCCGGGGGGGUUGCAGACGCCCCCCGCCCCCCAGCAGCAGGGCAGAGCCGGGGGCGACAGGGGCUGGACCCUGCUGGCCACGAGGGGCGAAGCAGAGCCCCCCCCACGGGCUGGGGGCGAGAUUCCCACCCCCACGGGGGGGCCGUGGACUUGCCCGCCUGGAGACCCCCCCGCAGGGAAAUCAGCCCCCCGGGGGCGGUGGAGCGGGGAGCCCCCCCGGCUCCCUGCGCUGGAAGAACUGGGGGUUCGCCCGGCCGGGGCUCUCCUGCCAGCCCAGAACUGGGGUUCGCCCCCCUGGGAUCCGCCUCCAGCCUCGCAGACCCCUGGGAUGUGUCGCCCGCCGCUCGGACCCCCCUGGAUCCAGCGCCUCGGGGCUCGAGCCCCUGGGAGCGUCUGUAGCCAGCACGUCGGGGUACAGCAGCCUGGCCCCCUGCGAUCUGGGGCUCGGGUCCCUCCGCCGUGAGCGCCUGUCUCCGCUCGCUGCCUGGGCCCAGACUUUUGGGGCUCGGAGCCCCCAUUAGCUCCUGUAUCCAGACCCCGCUGGGAUCCAGCUUUGAAGACUGAACGCCACCAAAAGUCUGUGCCGGUCCCUCCCCUGGGGGAUAAGGCACCCCGGGAAGCCCUGUAUUUUUGGGGCUGGUCCCUACAAAUUUCCUCUCUUCCUUGUACCCUGAAGAUCCUGGGUUUGUCUCCGCAUCUGGCUGUCACUUGGGGUGUGACUCCUUCCUGGAAACUGCUUCAGCUCCCCUGCCCUGGCCUGUGUGUCGCCUCUGGGAUGCUUUACUGGGCCCUGGAGCUGCCGCCUUGGGAUGCCGUAAGGAGCCAGAGGAGGAGGAGGAGGAAGAAGCAGGAGGGGAUGCAGGCUCAUUGUGCUGGAAACAGAGCUUUCUGGGCCACCGGCCUGGCCCUGUGAAGUCAGCGGAGACAGUGCCCUCCCGCCGUCCGAUGUGAGCGAUGGAAGAGCCCGGCUGCGAGCCAAGCCAGCCGCAGCGGGAGGAGCGGCCGUUCAAAUGCGGGCAGUGCCAGCGUAGCUACCGCCACGCCGGCAGCCUGGUCAACCACCGGCGCACCCAUGAGGUGGGACUCUUCACCUGCCUGCUGUGUCGCAAGGAGUUCUCCAACCCCAUGGCCCUGAAGAAUCACCUCCGCAUCCACACCGAGGAGAGGCGCCACCGGUGCCCGGACUGCGGCCGCAGCUUCCGCGUUGCCUCCCAGCUUGCCAGCCAUCGCCAUUCAGCCCACGCCAGCCACAGCCAGAAGGGGGAGGAGGACGAGGGGAACAACUUCCAGCAAGGGCAGGACUCCUCGUCAUCGGAUGCCGACGUUUUCCCCACGCUAGAGGGCGGCGGCGCUGGGACGUUGCUGAGCAACCUGGAGAAAUACAUCGCUGAAUCGGUGGUGCCGGCUGAUUUCUCCCAGUUGGAAUUCCCCGGCAAAGCGGAGGAAGGCCAGGAGGCCCCUGGCGUGCCGGCAGAGGAGCGGCGCUAUAAAUGCAACCAGUGCGAUAAGGCCUACAAGCAUGCGGGCAGCCUCACCAACCACAAGCAGAGCCACACCCUAGGCAUCUACCAGUGCGCCGUCUGCUUCAAGGAGUUCUCCAACCUCAUGGCGCUCAAGAACCACUCCCGGCUGCACUCGGAGUACCGCCCCUACAAGUGCUCGUUGUGCUGCAAGGCUUUCCGCCUGCCCAGCGAGCUGCUGAGCCACCAGAAGGCCCAUGAGAAAGCCCGCUGGGCCGGGAGAGCCCCCUCGGAGGGCUCGGAACACAGCGUCUCGGAGGAGGACUCCAUUGAGACUUCGGCCAAGCUGGAUAUCUACCAGCCGCCGGCGGCUGCCUUCGGAGAGGGCGCCCCCUGCAGUUUGAAGGAUGGGGCGAAGGCUGGAGGCGGGGACCGGGGCAAUCCGGAUGGAGAGCUGUGCGUGAGGUGCGGGGGAAGCUUUGCCGAUGAGGAGGAGCUGAGGAACCACAGCUGCCUCUACCCGGAGGAGGAGGAGGAGGAGGAAGAGGAGAAAGAGGAUGUGGGUGGCUUGGCCCAACCCGCAAUGGAUUCGGAGGGAGCCUGGGAGGCCAGCGGUAAGGACGGAGACCAAGCACGGCCCUUCCGGUGCGGGGAGUGUGGCCGGACCUAUCGCCAUGCUGGCAGCCUCAUCAACCACAAGAAAAGCCACCAGACGGGUGUCUACAGCUGCAACUUCUGCUGCAAGCAGCUCUUCAACCUGGCGGCCCUCAAGAACCACCUGCGGAUACACCUCAAAUCCAAGCCGGCCUCCCGGCCCGGCCUCCAGUAUUCCUGCCCCCUGGCGCCCGAAGAGGCCACUUGCCACCUCGACCAGAGCCCCACAGAGCCAGCUGGUGCGGAGAGGGCCACGGAGCUGCCGGGCCAUGGGGAAGCAGGUGGAGGAGGUGCUCUCAAAGAGGAGGAGACUGGUUGUGUGGAGGAGGAAGAGGACGCAUCAGAGGAGCGGCCUUACCGCUGCGGGGAGUGCGGCCGGACCUACCGGCACCGGGGUAGCCUGGUCAACCACCGGCACACCCACCGGACGGGCGUCUACCAGUGCUCCCUGUGCCCUAAGCAGUACCCCAACCUGAUGGCCCUACGCAACCACGUCCGCAUGCAUUUCCGAGCGGCGCGGGGCAAGGAGCGGGGGAGUUACGCCUGCACCAGCUGUGGAGAGAGCUUUGAGGAGGAGGCAGAGUUCCAGUGGCACCAGCUGCGCCAUGCGCCCGGGGAUGCCGCGCCCUGCCCCCAGGAGGAGAAGGAGGAGGAGGAACCGGGCAGUGUCCACACGCGGGAGGCAGCGCUGCUUCUGGCCAUCAAGCGAGAUGUGGAGGAAUUGGAAGCGGCAGGGCCAGCGCCGGGGAUGUCUCACAUCUGUGGCUGCUGCGGGAUGAUCUUUCACGACCUGGGCAGUUUACAGAGCCACUCCCUGGCGCACAGCGAUGGGGAAACUGGCACGGGAGAGGGUGAGGCGGAGCUUCCGGGCAGACGAGUGUACAGCUGUGAACUCUGUGGCAAGUCCUACCGCCACUCGGGCAGCCUGAUCAACCACAAACAGACGCACCAGACGGGGGAUUUUGAGUGCUCACUCUGUGCCAAACGCUUCUCCAACGUGGCUGCCUUCAAGAGCCACUUACGUGGACACCAGAAGCCGAGGAAGGGCCGAGCGGGGGCGGAGGAGGAAGAGGAAGGGAGUGUGGCAGAGGCGGAGCCCAGAGUUGCCCCUGACCGCACGAUGCAGCCGGACGGAAGUGGAGAUGUCGGGCGUGGUGGUCCAGAGAGUACCCGGGUUGGAGAGGAGGGGACGCUGGGCGAGGAGUUGUCCCACCGGAGCUACAAUCUGCGGGGAGGCAGCGCGGUGAAUGGCUGGCAACACCCGAAAGAGGAGGAGGAGGCCAAAGCGUCACCACCCAGCAGCCCCAACUCUCAGCCCUACCCGUGCGAAAUCCUCGACCACAAGCACAGCCAGCAGCUGGGCAUAUACCAGUGUUCCCUGUGCCCGAAGGAGUACUCAAACCUGGAGGCACUGAAGAGUCACUUCCGUGGCCAUGCCACGGCCCAGCAGCUGGGCACCAGCACCGAGGAACGUCCCUUCCUUUGCAGCCUCUGUGGCAUGAUCUUCCCAGGCGAGACGGACCUGCAGCACCACCAUGGCCUGGCUCAUGACAGGGAGGGGGAGCCUCAGGAAGGCAGCUUGGAGGCCGGCAAGGAUGCAGUUUUCCCCGGGCUUCAGCAGGAGGUGGAGGGGCGCCCAGAUGAGCGCGAUGGGGAGGAAGAGAUGCUCCUUUCCCAUAUCUGUGGCUACUGCGGGCAGACAUUCGACGACAUGGCAAGCCUUGAAGAGCACAGCCUGGGCCACCGAGAGGAGAAGGAAGCGGCGCUGGCUGAUACCACCAUCCAGCUGCGUCUGGGACCGCGUCCGGAGCUGCCGGAGGAGCAGAAAUCUGGCCUGAUGCCCCCAGACAGCCGUCCCUAUGCCUGUGGGCAGUGUGGGAAAACCUACCGGCACGGCGGCAGCCUGGUCAACCACAAGAAGACCCACCAAGUGGGAGAUUACCAGUGUGGCGUCUGCUCUCGGCAGUACCCCAAUCUGUCUGCCUACCGCAACCAUCUCCGUAAUCACCCCAAGUGUAAGCUGAAUGACAGCCGGCCAACCGGCAACGGGGACAGUGUAGGGAAGGAGACUCCUCCCUCCCUGCCAUGCGGGAGCGCUGAGGCAUCUGCGGCCCCAGCUCCCGGAAAACAGGAUCCAGGCGGCAGCGAUGGUGAGGAGUGCAAGCUGCAUGUGUGUGAUGUCUGUGGGGAGCUGUGCCAGGGGGCAGCGGGGCUGGAGGCACACUGUGCCGCUCAGCACCCGGAGGAGGGGGAAGAGCUGGUCAGUGUUGCCGAGGAAGAGGGUGGCAGCGGCGGCAGUGGGGAGGAAGGUGCCGCGUCAGAGCGCCCCUUCUGCUGCGAGCAGUGCGGCCGGAGCUACAAGCACGCGGGCAGCCUGAUCAACCACAAGCAGACCCACAAGACGGGUCUCUUCCGCUGCGCCAUCUGCCAGAAGCUCUUCUACAACCUCAUGGCCCUGAAGAACCACAACCGCAUCCACUUCGAGACCAAGCGCUACAAGUGCGCCCAGUGCCCCAAGGCCUUCCGCCUCCAGAAGCAGCUGGCCAGCCACCAGCGUGUCCACCGUGAGAGGAGACCGCCACUGCCCGCCUCAUCCUCCAGAAAGUUGGCUCACGCCAAGAGAGCAGGCAAGGCCCACACCGACGGUGGCGGGGUCUCGGAGCCACUGGCUGCCUCCAAGAAGGACCCCGAGGAGCGGCCAUACCGGUGUGAGCAAUGUGGGCGGACCUACCGCCAUGCCGGCAGCCUUCUCAACCACCGCAAGAGCCACAAGACCGGCCAUUACUGCUGCCCCGUCUGCCCCCGGGCCUACCCUAACCUCAUGGCCCUCAAGAACCACCAGCGCAUCCACUUCGAGGUCAAGCGCCACCGUUGUCCUGACUGCGGCAAAGCCUUCAAAUGGCAGAGGCAGCUGGUGAGGCACCAGCUGAUCCAUGCCCAGCGCCGGCCUCGUCCUAGCAGCAGGAGCUCCCCUGGCCGCCCCUUACUGGAGGGCAGUAGCCUUGUCCGUAGCAAGAUGGCACGAGAAUGGCGGGCCACCCGGAGGGAGCAGGGCGGCAGCCACGUUGACGCCUCAGGUGGCCACAGUGACGGUGGCCAUCUUGGCACUACCUCAGGUGGCCAUGUUGAUGGUACCUCAGGCCCUCAUGUUGACAGCAGCCAUGUUGGCAGUACAUCAGUUGGUGCCUCAGGUGGCCAUGUUCGUGGUGCCUCAGGCGGCCAUGUUGAAACUGGCACCCAAACCCCAGUGGGCGUCACUCAGGCACCCCUUGGCCCUUUCCAGUGCCCGGUCUGCCCCAAGCAAUUUCCCACCCCAUCAGCCCUCAAGAACCAUGGCCGGGUCCACACUAAGAAGCGUUUCGAGUGCUCGGAGUGCGGCAAGGCCUACCGCGCCUCUCGGGACUUGGUCCAGCACCUGUGGCGGCACCAGGCAGAGGCUGGGGCCACUCCUAGCACCAACGGCCUGGUGGACCAGCGCCCCUACAAGUGCGACCGUUGCGAGCGGACGUACCGCCACGCUGGCAGCCUCCUCCACCACAAGAAGGUCCACACCACCGGUCUCUACCGCUGUCCCGCCUGCCUAAAGGAGUUCCACAACCUCCUGGCCCUCACCUACCACCUCCGCACCCACUCGAACAAGAAAGGCUGCCGCUGUCCAGACUGUGGCCAAGCCUUCAGGACUUCCAGCCGGCUGGCCAGCCACGCCAAGGCCUGCCAUGGCCAGGCUGGCUGCGCCAAAGCUGGCCACGCUGCCACAGGAGGGACCCAGGAGCCUGAGGCGGGCUUCUGCCAGGACGCGGGGGUGGAUGGCAGUGCCUCUGCCGCCAUGGGGCAAGUUAGCUGAGGGUCGUGCGAAUGACUGUGCGAAUGUGUGGGUGGGUGGGGGACGAGAGGGGAUGGAGAGAUGGAGGUGGGGAGUCAAUGUCGAUUGUUGUCCUAGCACCAAAUCAUUAGGAAGGGGAGGAAUUUUCAGAGGCACAAAUGGAGUUGGGUGGGAGAAGUGCCCAGUCUGCCAGUGGGAAGGAGGCAGUUUGUGGGUGCCAUGGAACAAUCAGGGAGGGAGGUUUUGGGGUGGACCCCAGUUCUCCAAUGGAUGGGUGAGGGGAAACGGUGUUCGUUUGAUUCUCUGCUGCCUUUUGUGCCUCUGAGAACUUUCCCUUUAACCCUGUGUUACCUUGUUUCGGCCCUCAAUUCAGGAGAGAUGUUAAGCACCCGCUUUACUCUAAGCACGUGCUUUAAAAACUUGAUUGCAAUCAAUUGGAUUUAUCAGCUUGGCUGUAAUUCUCAACGGAUUCCAGUGAAAUUGGUUCAGAUGAUGCUCCAGUGAUCUCCUGCACAGGAGCCUGAACAUUGUGGUUUAAAAAAAAAAAAACAAAAAAAACCACACACAACAUUGGUGCCAUGUUUUUAUUUUGGUUUGGUUUGUUUUUUCAACGUCUGUAGAAUUUAAUUUUCUGGUUUUGUUUUGACCAGUUCCCAACUCCUUUUUAAAUGGUGUCUGUUAUUGGAGAAGAAGGACAUUUUAAAAAUCGCUUUCAUUUGAAAAAAUAAUAAUUUUGCCCCUAAAAAUUGACACGUGGAAAAAAAUAGGCUCCUUUUUACCUCCCCCCUCCCCAAAAUUGGCUAAGAUGCCCCCUGCAAAAAGUCUAAAUAUAUUUAAUUUCAAAUAUCUGUAAUUGUAACAAAAACUUUUAAAAUCAGACACAUCUUGUCUGAGACUGUUUUGUUUUGUUUUUUUUUGGAAGAGGAGAAAAUUAUAUAUACAAAUUUUAAAUUUCCUCCUCAAUCAGCGAAAGUUAGUCUUAAAAAAAAAAAAAAAACUUUUUUAAAAAAAAGAGGAAACAAACUAAUAAAAAGGCACACUUUUUGUACUGAGAGCAAAUUGCCUUAAUUAUAAUAAUUUUCCUCCCAAAAUAAAAACAAAAAUUUUUUUAAAAAGAGAACUAAAUUUCUGUAUAAGGCAAAAAGGAAAAUACAAAUUUUAACCCCCCCCUUCCGCCCCCCUGGAAAAGAAUCAAAUCUGAAUUUUAAACGAUCUUUUCCCUUGUGAACAACACACAUUUGAAACAAUUUGCUUAGAGACUCCUUUUAUGGGGGGGGGGAGGGAAAACAACAGCCCAGAAAACACUACCAGUCUUUCAAGAGAGAAAAAUGUUGGGAUGUUUUCAACUGAGGUAUUGAAUUGUGAUUGUAGAAAAAAUGUCCUCCUUCGUGGGUUGGGAUAAAAGAUAGUUAUACCUCCCAGAAAUAGUUAUCACUGUGCUACUGAUCCAAGAUGUAUGAAUAUUUUUUAUUGUCCUAUGAUGCAGAAUAUGUAAGUGUAUUGCAGAAAUCCAGACGGUACUCAGAUCUCUCACACAAAGCAAUCUUCUGUUUUAGAAACGCCAACACUUAAAUUUGUCCUGUGUUUGUCUCGGUACAUGGAACGGUUUUAAAGGAAGAUUCUGUCCUCCCUACUCCAACCACAGAACCAAAGUCCCAGCCCCCUCCAAUCUAACCCAUUAGACUCCCCUCCCAGAGCUGGGGUUAGAACCCAGGAGUCCUGACUCCUAGCCCUCGCUAUCCCCUGCUCUAACCAUUAGUCCUUGCUCCCCUCCUGGAACCAUGUUAAUAUUUAAGUGACCCUUGUUCUUCCCCCAGCUGUAAUUUGGUGGCUCUGCUGUGUGGAAUAAAAACCAAUAAAGCUGGGGGUUUCCUGCCCACUUACA